CCCAGUGUCCGCCUCGCCCACCGGAAGAAACCCAGAGCCGCCGGAUUCCCCCCACCCGGCGACCAACCCACAGUAAACCACCGCCAUGCCGCGGCCGUCCCCCACGGCGGCGGCGCCUUAAAACGGCUGCUUCCCCUCCCUAUACCCCCACCACAAUCCACCCAACCUUCCAUCACCUGAUCUGAAUCACAGGAACAGAGAGAGUCCUAAUCCAUUUCUGAACAUCUGCUUCUUCUAUCCCAAGAAACCCGCGAUGUGCCGCCGCAGGUCCAUUUCACAUACCCUUGUGGAUAACAUGGCUCAUUUUGGAGUUACUUUUGUGCAAACACAAUCUAGGUUUCAUUAACUAGGUUACGCUAUUUUUGCUUAGUGGUGUUAAUCUGUAAAGAAAGUCAAUACUUGGUUUUAGUUGAGCUUUGUGUAAAAUAUGGAGAGGAAGAAUGUAAUGGCACUGGAUGGACAUAUUCUGAAAGCUACUGAUCGCAAGAGGAAGCAUGACUCUGCUGCGAAUAGUACUGACACAGAUGCUGCUGCUGAGGUCUCCCGGCAUGUUCAGAGACAAAACCUUGCCAUGCCUGUAUGUAAGAAGUCUAAAAUGACCUCAUGUGCUGGUCAUAUUCUGGAAUGGUACAACAACUUCAAGACAAGUGGGUUGCCCAUGCGUGUGCUUUAUUACCAACAGGGUAAAUGGAGGGAUUUUCCAGAGCAUGUUGUGAAUCUGGUUCAGCGGGACUUUCAGUUAAAGAGGCCAAUUACUAAUGCUGUAUUCCAGAACCAGCAAGUACUGUUGGACUUCAUGCACAUGGUUUGCCUAGAUUCUGCGACGGCAACAACCAAGCCAAUAGCAUGGAUUGAUGAUCAUGGUGGCCGCUUCUUUCCAGAUUUAUGUGCUAGACUGAUAACUUCUAAACCUGUUCAGCAUGGAAGAAGUGACCCCAGUGGUAAAUCUGAAGCUGAUGAGAUAUCAACAGCUGCAUCUGAAAGCUCGAGUUCAGAUCAUGUUGCUGAAGUACCUUCUCAUGUAAAGAAGGUUAAUAACAUACUGGUGGAAAAACAGAAGGUGCAAAAUGAAGCUGCUAGUGGACCCAGAAAUGCUGCUACAGGUUUGCAUAAUAGUGGCCCACGCAUUGAUUCAGCUGUGCGGAGGUUAUUACUGGAAGGAUUAGGCCAUCCUUUCAGUGAAAAAGAUAUUGUUGGUAUCUAUAGAACCCCACUGGUAGAUCAGCAAGGGCAGGCUCGAUUCAAUCUUUUCCAGAAGGAACUUGAACUCACCAAAAUACAGCGUGGGAACGCAAAUGUGCGUUAUGCAUGGUUGCCUUGUUCCAAGGAUGCUAUGGAGGAUAUGAUGAUGCAUGGUACUCUGAAAAUUACCAAACCUCUGCUAGGCCCAGUUUAUGGCAUUGGGACACACCUCGCUCCAGCCAACUGCGCCAAUACCUGUGCCAGUUACUCAGAUGUUGACGAAAAUGGCAUCAUAAGGAUGAUGCUGUGUCGCGUUAUAAUGGGAAAUGUUGAGGUUGUACUCCCUGGAUCAAAGCAAUUCCAGCCAACAGCUGGAAUAUUUGAUAGUGGCGUGGAUGAUCUCCAAAAGCCAAAGCACUAUGUCGUUUGGGAUGCAAAUGUGCAUCAACACAUCUAUGCUGAAUAUGCUGUUAUUAUCAAAUCACCUUCCAUGACCAAUGAAUACUUGGUUAGAGAAGAUACUGCAUCCAACAUAUCUGAGAUAGGAAAUUCUAGGUCACCAGACAGUGUAACCAAGGAUGCCAGUUGUUUCCAAACCGUGGCAUCUUCAGCUGAUGAACAACAUUUGCCCAAGUUUGGGCGUGCUCCAAGUCCACGGGCUCCUAGCUCACCUUGGAUGCCCUUCUCGAUGCUUUUCGCGGCUCUCUCCACAAAAGUGCCUCGUUCUGAUAUGGACCUACUCCAUCAAUACUACGAGGAAUUCAAGAGGAGAAAGAUAAGCAGGACUGACUUGGUGAAGCGGCUGAGACAGAUCGUCGGCGACAAGCUGCUGGUUUCUACAGUAGUGAGGCUACAACACAAGGUCCCACCCACGGGAGCAGCCGAAAUGCUACCACGAAGAUUACCUGGUAGGGGAGGGAACACCACCAGUCCUUGAGGACCCCCCCAGAAACAAGAGCUAGUCGACAUAACACCGCAGGGAGUCGAGUUUGAAUCUGAGGCGACAUGCCUCAACAAAGUCCGCUGAAACGAAGGUCGCCAUCUGUUGUAUCACCCAGACCCAAAUGGUUUGGUACGUGAUGUACAGAGCUAGAAAAACUCGGUAGGUUAGUUGAUAUGUUUGUAGUUGUUGCUUAACUGGGAGAUAUAGAUAGUUCCAUCUGCUUGUGCCGUCUGGUUGGUUUCCUAGUGUCCCAAGUUUAAACCCUGUAACUGCUGUGCAGUGGUUUUUCUUUCAGUCGGAAAAUGCACUUUUGAUCUCAUGACUAUUAUAUGCAGUGCUGGCAGUUUCUAUUUUUA